AUGCAGGAACCCAGCGAAGCCCACGCAGGCAACAUGUUGGCAUCUUCUGCAACAGGGACAACAUUUUUGAUCCUCAUCCAAUUGACAUCUCGGAUUGUCACAUUUGGCUCCAAUCAGCUCAUACUACGCACACUAUCCCCUCUGGUACUCGGGGUCGCCGCCCAACUUGAGCUUUACCAAGUCACAAUUCUAUAUUUUUCCAGAGAAAGUAUACGAAUGGCCAUUCAAAGACAACCAAUGACUGCAGAGCUCUCUGAAACAGGGAGAUCCCUUCCGUACAUGCAAUCGACCGCAUCCCAGUCGGUUGUGAAUGUGUCUUAUUUGAGCCUCUUCCUUGGCGUUCCCUCCACAAUAAUGCUUACCAUACUCUAUCGACAUUUUGCUCCAAUGCAGGCACUGAUACUGCCUUUUUUCGAGGCCGGUGUGAUCAUUACAGGAGUAGCAGCGCUCCUCGAAUUGAGCAUUGAACCAUUUUUUGCGAUAGUUCAGCAACGUAUGUGGUACGAGAAACGAGCCGCAGUGGAAAUGCCAGCAGCAUUCAUCAAGAGCCUUGUGACCUGUUCAGCCUUUCUAUAUGCCUCACAAACGGGUCGGCAGGUUGGCAUCUUACCCUUUGCACUUGGUCACUUGAGCUACUCUCUAACCCUCAUCGGCGGAUACUGCCUAUCCUUGCUCCCUCGUGCAAGUGAGCGAAGAUUCUCAUAUCUCCCUGCCGUCAUUAAACAACAAAGCGACGAUCGUCAGUAUCUAUUGGGUUGUUUCUCUCGACGAUUGACAAUUCUUGCUGCGAGUGUCUUUAUCCAGUCCAUUGUCAAACAUCUUCUGACCCAAGGAGAUUCCAUGAUACUCGCCGCCCUGUCGAGCUUGGAAGACCAAGGUAUUUAUUCCCUGGCAUCAAAUUAUGGUGGCUUGAUUGCACGAGUUAUAUUCCAGCCGCUUGAAGAAAGUAGUCGAAACCUAUUCUCGACACUUCUAAGCCCAGAUAACAGUGGGAAGAGAAAUCCGGCCCAGAUUCGCGUCGCGAAAGGCCAUCUGAUAGAUCUUCUUCGAGCUUACCAACUGUUGUCGAUACUCAUUUUCCCACUAGGUCCAAUCAUGGUGCCGCAAGUGCUUCGUAUCAUAGGAGGUAGUCAAUGGACAUCGCCCUUGGUUGGUGACCUGCUGUCACUGUAUUGCUACUAUAUCCCAUUCUUGGCCUUCAAUGGGAUCACAGAAGCGUUUGUAUCAUCUGCAGCCAACCCAAGAGAGAUUCAAAGGCAAACGGCUUGGAUGGGUGUCUUUUCUGCAUGCUAUGCUCUCGUUUCUUAUCUACUCCUGGAAGUCUGGUCCCUGGGAGGCUAUGGGCUAGUACUUGCCAACAUCGUGAAUAUGCUGGUUCGCACUCUGUGGAGCUACACGUUCAUUCAAUCUUAUCUUCGCCUACAUGGAGAUGAUCUGAGCAUAAUGCAAAUGAGCAUCCAGCCCGCCAGUUAUAUUUUGGGGAUACUUGCCACAGUGGCCAUGGUCACACAGAGACUAUCGGGCCCGGAUCAGGAUAUGAUUCCAGCCGUUGCAUUUAGUUUCUUCUAUGCAUUAUCAAUGUAA